AUUGAAUUCCAUCUUCUGACACCAUGUGCUGCUACCACAACUCUUAUGGUAGCCUGGACUAUGGUUGCAGCUGUGGCUCUGAAUAUGGUAACUCUGGACAUGCCUGCAACUUUCCAUGCUCCUAUGGAAGAUUCCUAUUGGCUCCUACAAAGAAAUUCUGAUUGCUGAUCACUUUCUUGUGAUGCACUAAUUGCAUCAACAGGGUUAUUUAUGGAUUCAUUAUUGUCUCUCCAAUUUUAACUAAGUCUAAUUAUUGAUUACCACAGGUCAUAUUUGCAUUGGA